UUUUUCCAUCUCGCGUAGAUGUGUUAAUGCACUCAUUCGUUCGUUGCUGUACGGAUGGUCUGGUAUCUAUCAGCUGCCGGCGAUGUGUAGAGUUUUUUUUUUUUCUUUUUUUUUUAAGUGGCCGCACCUGUCGCCGCUAAGUCCUUUACCGCUCAUGAGGCUUUAUUGCCAACCGCUCCUUGUAAGUUCUCGCCUGCUGCUGAAGUCAAAUUCAUUCUGCCCCAGUUCUUUCAGGUAUGACAGUACAGGCUCGUCUCUAAUAUUUAAUUCCCACAAGUUGCUGUCUGCGUCACUUUUUAGCGACUUUGACCCAAAAGUUUGUUCUUCGCCCUAUCAUCCGCAAUGUUUCUCAACGGGAUCGAAAACAACCAACUCAACUGCAGUAAUCCACCCAUAGCCAUGCUGACAACAGCCCUACCUUGCACCAAUGGCCUCGUCUUCGAUGCUUUCCCAUUUCUAAGAUGAUCUAGUUGUUCUGAUACAUACAGUUCUGUAAGCGAAACAUGUUGAAUAGGUUUAUGUCGAAAGUAGAAUGAAAGAACCAUUGUGA